GUUUAUUACGAUUGACCAUUUUUUUUCGCUCCCUUCUUUAGAAACGUGUUUUUUGAAAUAGAAAAUGUCAAUAGCAGUCAACGUAACCUUAACCUUUGACUUGACCUCUCAACAAAGCCUGUGGUUUCAAAGUAAUUUUAAUCUAAAUCAGUGCUAGGAAUAGAUAUCGCGUUAUGUGACCUGAUGCUGGUAUUUCAACCUCAGUUAGCUUGAGAAAAAGAGAUCCACGGACCUCGGAAGCUGUGAAAUAAAUGAUUUUUGGGAAGCUGUCAACUGGAUAGUUAUUGUUUAUAAAGUGUCUGCAAGUGAAAUCAACAUGUUCGCGAGAGUGACUUUUUACCCGUCCCUUUUUUACAAUGUGAUUAUGGAGAAAGUUUCCACGAGGAGAUGGUUUGACCGGAUCGACGAAACCGUUAUAUUGGGUGCUUUGCCUUUUCGAGGGAUGACAAAAGAGCUGAUAACGGAAGAAAAUGUGAAAGCCGUCAUCUCUAUGAACGAGGAUUAUGAGUUGAAAUUGUUUUCUAAUAAUGGCGAGGAAUGGAAGAAACACGGUGUGCAGUUCUUACAACUUCCAACGGUAGAUAUUUUCGAAGCACCCUGCCAAGAAAUGUUACAGCUAGGAGUAGAUUUUAUCAAACAAUUCCGAAAAAGUGAAAACAAAGCUUCAAGCGAUGGAAAUAUCGACACUUCAAAACCACGAGAAUCGGUUUAUGUUCACUGUAAAGCUGGAAGGACGCGCAGUGCGACAUUAGUUGGCUGUUAUCUUAUGAUGAAACACGGCUGGACACCGGAAGCAGCAGUGGACUACAUGAGAAGUAAAAGACAACACAUUCUAAUCCACACAGCCCAGUGGGUAGCCUUAAAAACUUUUUACGAAAAAAAUGUAGUGAAAGAAAGCACAAAAAUACCUUUGAAUAUCUAAUAAGAAAACUGCCUAAUUUUUAACCCUUAAGCGGCCAAAACGCCACUACCGGUACACUGCUUUUCAACGGCCAAUAACUAAGACUAUUCGACACUAG